GAUACCCUCGACGAACCUGUAUCGGUUACUAUUCUUCGUGACCUGAAACAAGUUGCAGGAAAGCUGAAGCAAGUACUUCAUCCAAAAGGAGAUCGAAAUGUGUUGAGAGAUUGGGAUUUGUGGGGUCCUUUGAUUCUGUGCUUGGCAUUAGCAAUUACCUUGAGUGCAAAGGCCCCGUCUGAUCAAGCAGUCCCUAUCUUUACUGGAGUAUUUACCAUUGUCUGGAUUGGUGCAGCUGUUGUGACAUUAAAUGCAAAGCUUUUGGGUGGUGCUGUUUCGUUCUUCCAAUCUGUGUGUGUGAUUGGAUACUGUCUUUUCCCUCUAGUCUUAUCCUCUGUCAUAUCAAUCUUUGUCAAACUUGUUUGGGUCAGAAUCCCCAUGGCACUUGUUACAUUUGCAUGGUCUACCUAUGCUUCUGUUGGCUUCUUGUCAGAGUCUCAGGUGCAUCUUAACAAUCGUCGUGCACUGGCAGUCUAUCCCCUUUGCCUAUUCUAUUUCUCCAUCUCAUGGCUCGUCCUG